GUGUUACCAUAGCAACCACCGGAAGUACCGAAUUAUUUCCUGACAACUACUUCGAAGGUACGGAAAACUGAUUGAAAGUAGUCCGCCUUAAACCUUGAACACUGCUCUAUGAUGACAGCCAUGAGCUUCCGUGACAGGAACGACACUCUCAUAGAGAUCAUGAAGGACCGUCAGGAGCAAGAACAUCUAGUGGAGCUACUGAAGGAGCGGAAACAGAAGUUGGAGCAUUUGCAAUGGCGUGAAGAUGAGCUGCUCAAGGAUGCAAAGAAAGCCAAGGAUCUUCUGACAAGCUUUAAUACCUUUCCAAAGGAACAAGCGGCUGAUGAAAACCUUAAAAAAGCAGAGAAAGAGAGACAAGAAGCAAGUGAGAAAGAGACUGAGGUGAAGAUGCUAAAGGAGGAGUACGCCAAGCUGCAGCACAGGAAGCUGCAGCUCCUGCAUCACAUUCACAGAGACGCUGUGUAUAAGGACUUUAUGCAGCAGGUGGUGAAACUAACACAGUGUGAAGAUGAGGCAUUUCUCGCAGGUCAUCUGCAGAGUCUUCUCCGCAUCCGACAACAGUUCUGUGAGAAGCAGAGGCAAGCAGAGGAGCAGGUGGACCAGCAGAGGAAAACCCUGCUGACCUUUAACAGCCAGCGUCACUUGAUGCUUCUGCAAAACAGCAACCAGCUGUCACAGCUCCAGUAUAAACUGGAGGGGGCCCAACCUGAAUUGGAACACUGGGAGACAAUGUGGAAACACAUCCAGGACACUGCAGCCGAGAAGACGCUCCUGCUCGGCUUGAUCAAGAUGGCGACACUCAACCUCUAUGAGUUGACAGGCGCCGAUGUGGAAGGAGACAAAGGCGUGGCUCUGAGUGACACUGAGACACAACUGGACAAGAUCAAGAUGUUCAUCCGGGACCACAAAGACAUUGUCAAACUACAGCAAAGCAUUGCACAUGGAAACAAUACAGAGACCACCGUAACAUUAUGAAAACAGUUCUAUAGGGUAAAGUUAGAUUUUCCAAUGUAAAGUGAAAAUGUACUUUCUGGUUUUUUUAUUGUACAAUAAAUGUAUUGUUACACAUACAUAUUUCUUUUAGAGAUGGACAUUCUAUAAUUCCAUUUUUUUUCAACUAUACUUUUACUCUGAGAUUUAAAUA